CUUCAAUCAAUCAUGUUAUCAAACAUUAUAUUAGUGUUAGGAUUGAUAGAACUAGCGAGUGCUAGAAAUUGCUACUGGGUCGGCGUAAGAUAUCACUGUUCCGGGUUGUCACGCGGUGCUCGGAUUGGUGUAGGUGUAGCUGUAGCAGUUGGUGUACUACUUUUAAUAGCACUUUUCUCAUUACUGUGCUUUUGUCGUCGUAGGAGAAACCUUAAACAACAAGGUCAAGCGUACGAGCAACAGAUGUACGCGCCUUAUCAACAAAACUACCCUGCACCGCAAAUGCCCUACUAUCAAGGACACCCCGACGGACAGCAACAAGGACAACAAGGACAACAGGGACAGUUUGGCUAUAAUGCACCACCUGGGCCGCCGCCGGGAGAUUAUCCACCACCAAAGUAUGGGAUAAAUUACUCGUGAGACAGAAACUGACAUUCCGAUCCAGCUAUCCUCAAGCAACGUACAAGGAAGUUUAAUGACGUAUAUUAUUUAAGAAAUGUAAAACGAAGAAUGUAGUCUUUAUAAUCUCAUCUUAUAUCUAUUAUCUUGUAUAUCAACAACCAUGGCCCCCGUGAGAAGGAGGAUAGAACGGAGGGACGCAAAGUCUACAGCGCCUAUCGUUAUCAUAUUGAUAUUAGUUGCCUUGGUUAUAUUUGCCUGGCUUUUGCAGAUUGAGAAAAAGAGAAGACGAAGGAAAAGAGAGUACGAGGAGUGGCAGAAGAGUCUACCACGCCUUAGACAACCGAAUGUUGCUACAGCGAUAGACGUUGGUAAUGCACACGGGCAGUCGCCUAUUGAUUUCAUAAAUGAGCGCUACUUUGGUAGGGAUAAUCACUUUUCAAGCGCACAGAGGCAAUUUGACGAUAUGGAUGACGACACCGAUGUUAACCGACCACCGGGAUACACACCACCUAGAGAACCACCAGCGGUAGCUAGGACACCUGCCACUCCUCACAUUGCACCACCUUCAUACACUGCAUCGAACACAGCGAAUACAGCGGACAGAGCUGCAAAUUUGCCCCCACCACCUUCAUACAACUAGACAUCAAGGAUAUUAAUAUAUAUUUACACUAAUCUAAGCGCUCUCAAUCUCAUUAAUGUACUUCUUUGACUCCUCACUGUCAUUUGACUUGAGGAUUUCUAACAAAGCUUCUACAUACUUGUUUGCAGCCUCCUCUUGUGACAUACCCUCGACGGACUUAUAAGCGUCCCACUUUGCACGUCCGGUGAAGUCCAUCAUUCCUGGGCGAGAUGUCUUGACGUCGCCUUCUUU